GCGGGGCCUAAGUAGGAGGUGGGGGUGUGUGUGUUAGCGUGGCGUUAUUAGUCGCCUGCGUAGUUUAUGGGGAUGGAAAUGGACCCGUUGCUCCACGCCUUGAGUUAUUUCAGGCGGAGGAAAUUCCAACUCUGUUCGGAUCUGUGUUCCCAGGUGCUGGAAAAGGAGCCUGGCGAUCAGGCUGCAUGGUGUUUAAAAAUGCGAGCAUUGACGGAAAUGGUUUAUGUGGAUGAAAUUGAAGUGGAUCAGGAAGGCAUAGCUGAAAUGAUGCUGGAUGAAAAUGCAAUUGCACAAGUUGCACGACCUGGUACUUCACUUAAAAUGCCUGGAACUGGUAAUGGUGCUGGGCCUAGCAAGGCUAUCAGGCCAGUGACACAAACAGGGCGACCCCUGACAGGUUUUGUACGACCCAGCACGCAGGCUGGGAGACCAGGUAGCAUUGAACAAGCCUUAAAGACUCCAAGAACUGCUCACACUGCCCGUCCAAUGACUAGUGCUUCAGGGAGAUAUGUCAGGCUUGGAACAGCCUCCAUGCUCACUAAUCCUGAUGGUCCUUUCAUAAAUAUAUCUAAACUGAAUUUAAAUAAUUAUGCUCAAAAACCAAAGUUGGCAAAGGCUUUGUUUGAAUACAUUUUUCAUCAUGAGAGUGAUGUUAAGAAUGCUUUAGAUUUGGCAGCAUAUGCCACACAGUAUGCCCAAUUCAAGGACUGGUGGUGGAAAGUGCAAAUUGGGAAGUGUUAUUACAGAUUAGGAUUAUACCGUGAAGCAGAAACACAGUUUAAAUCAGCUCUCAGACAACAAUAUAUGGUAGAUACAGUACUGUACUUGGCAAAAGUAUAUUCCCGCUUGGAUCAGCCUUUGACAGCUUUAAAUGUUUUCAAACAAGGUUUAGAACGAUUUCCUGGAGAAGUUUUCCUCCUUUGUGGCAUGGCCAGGAUUCAUGAGGAAAUGAACAACAUUUCUACGGCUGCAGAAUACUAUAAAGAUGUCUUAAAACAAGAUAAUACCCAUGUGGAAGCCAUUGCAUGCAUUGCAAGUAAUCAUUUUUACUCUGACCAGCCAGAGAUAGCUCUACGUUUUUAUAGGCGACUCCUGCAGAUGGGCAUUUAUAAUAGCCAACUCUUUAACAAUCUAGGCCUUUGCUGUUUCUAUGCCCAGCAAUAUGACAUGAUUCUCAGUUCAUUUGAACGUGCACUAUCUCUAGCAGAAAAUGAGGAACAAGCUGCAGAUGUGUGGUACAACUUGGGACAUGUAGCUGUGGGAAUAGGUGAUAGAAAUUUGGCUCAUCAAUGUUUCAAAUUGACUUUGGCUAACAACAACGACCAUGCAGAAGCCUAUAAUAACUUGGCUGUGUUGGAAAUGCAAAAAGGUCACAUUGAGCAGGCAAGAGUAUUUCUGCAGACGGCUUCAUCAAUAGCACCUCAUAUGUAUGAGCCACAUUUCAAUUUUGCUGUCUUAUCUGAAAAGGUUGGAGAUAUUCAGAGAAGUUAUAUAGAAGCUCAGAAGUCCAAAGAAAUUUUUCCAGAGCAUGUCGACUCUCAGCAACUUAUUAAUCAGUUAAAACAGCAUUUUGCCAGACUUUGAUGUACCUCCCACCAAAGAAAAUAAUCAUUUUUCUUCAAAAUUGCAGACUUACACAAAAUUACAAAGAAUUCUCAGAAUAUUUUUACAUUUAUAUAUUGAGAAUUUUAGUUAAACUGGGUGCAAGUUGAAGAUUGUUAUUCUCUUGGAUAGUUAAAAGCUGCUUUAGUAGAAUAUUAUCUUUUUAAAAAAGAAUCCCUGAAUAGUAGCAGCAUUCGUUUUAAGUAUGUUAAGUGAAGCAAGGCAAAUUUUAGUUUACCUCAUAAUGAGUAAUGGAAAUAUUUCCAAAUAAAGGAAACAGCUUAAAAAUAUAUCCUUGUUGUUUCAUUCCUUUUUCAAGGAAGCUUGAAUUUACUGCUUAAUUGUAAUGUUUUAUCUUGUUACAGUAAGCACAAAUGAAAAAUUGUUUAACUUUUUGUUGCACCAGAGCAGGUUUAGACUAUAACUUUUAUUUAGGAAAAUUAUGUGAAAAGCACAAAUGUUAAAAGCACCCAUAAAAGAUUAUUCAAGUUUGUAAAUGUGUUGAUGAACUAAGAAUGUACAUGUAUCCCUGUAUUGUUAAUACUCAAAAUCUGGUGUGUGCUGUCUCCAUGGGUCAGUUCAUGACACACUUUGCUCAUGAUUUUGGGAUUUAUGAAGGCUGUAUACUAAAAGGAAUGAUUGGUAUUUGCAAACCAGAGCUUAUUUCUUUCACUGUCUAAGUGGGCAUUAAUGAGGCAGCAGAAACAGAAAGAGAGCUACAGUUGGAUCUGUAGCUUCAAAGCAAUGAAAUUUAAGAGUGUGUACAAAUCUGAAUAUCUGACCCCAAUGGGAUAGGUUGCCUUGAGAAGGAAAGGCAAAAAAGCAGUGGCUAUGAAAUAUUUGCCCUCCUUAAUUUUCCUUCAUUUCUGAAUUCAAAUUGAAUUCUGGACAUUUGCAGUGAGAGUUUUGAGAAGGUGUAGAUCUGCAGUAAAUGAACUUCCAUCUCAUACCAUGGAUAUUUUUGACAACUGAUGCAUAUUCUGGUAUUUUUCCUACUGUUACUUUCAGUGAAGGAUCAUUUGUUUUAACUUUCAAGGGCAUUUGAUCCUUAAUAUGUAGAUAAAAUGCUUGGUUUAACUUUAUUUUACAUUACUUCCUCAUGUCUUUUUAUUGUUACAAGUAAUAAAUGCCAUUUAUCUUUGCAUCAUAUGUACAUCCAUAAAAUGUUAUUCGUUUGUUAACAUUAAAUAGCCUCUUUUUCCCAUAUAACCAUUCCUACUACUUAUAGAAAUUUCCAGCAUAUUUGCCUGAAGUUAAAAAAAAACUGUUAUUUUUCUAUUUAAAAAUACUACGAUUUAAAAAAAAAAACAGAACUAGGCAACUGUCAGCCACUAUCCAGACCAAUUUCCAAUUGUAAUUUAUCUUGUAGAUUAUUGUGCAGCUAAUAUUAGCAGUUUGCCAAAAGCAAACUCCUUCAUCUCUUUGAAAGGAGACAUUCCUAUCACUCAGUUUCCAUCUAGUUCCUUACUGGAGCCCACUUACUCAUUCUCCUGCUUCGUUUGCUAAAGCAAACAAAACUUUAAUAUUUCUGGCUCAAAUCAGAUGAUGAAAAGAAAUGGGAUAAAAUAUUAAGAGGUUUUUCUAAAUUUGUAGAGUUUUAGCCUCCUUCUAAUCAGGUUAAGUUUUCACCCUCUCUGUAAUCAAGGGUAUUUGAAUAUUUGCAAACAGCUAUUUGAAUAUGUAGCAUAUUAGUAUAUUCUUGUUAUAAGAGAUUAAUAGGAGCAUCAGAUCAAUAAGCCAGGCUUUAAUCUUUAGUCUUUCUGUAGUUUAUGUAAACAGCAAUGAGCAAGCAAAUCAGUUAGGCCUGAAGUAAUCCUCCUUUAGUUCAUUUAGCAUGGCAAAGCAUAAUAUGCUAUGCUGUCUCUAUGGGAGAUUUCUAAUAGAGCAAGUUAACCACUUCAUAUAGUGGCAAGCUUCCUGAAACAUAGCACCAUGUGUAUGACUUGUAACACAGUCUUCUUUAGUCAGCAUCCUUUACUGAUAAUAUCUGAUUGUCUUUGCCAGCGGAGAAAAUGGUACUGUUACACUGCUGCAACUAGAAUAAUCUAGUACAUUGGAAGAAUUGCUUUGAAGCUGCUGCCUAUAUUUAUACCCUUCUACAUAAAAGCAAUUAUUUUAUAUUAAGUAACAUUAAAAAUGUAGAAAAAUAA